GCCUAUUAUUCUUUCUUAAUUUUCUUCAUUGAUAAAAUAAAAUCAAUACAACUCAUGUGUACAUACUAAAACACACAUUAUAAUGUGUGAACUUGAUCAGGUAAUUGACUCAAAGAACUCCAUUGGUAUAUGAGUUCUCUGCCAUGUUUGUAAAGUCUAUUUUGUAACGUCUUCCUGCAGGUGGUUGGCUAGAGGCAAACAGAGGAGACUGUGCGACCAUCUUGGAUUCCCAGACCCAGAUGGGUGCAGCGAAGGGCCCAGGGGACAACAUCACUGAGCAGGCCAGGACCAGAGGCGACAUAUUGGAGUCUGCAGUCCACGAGGACUUGUUAAUAUCUAGUGUUGCUGGUGGGAGAGACUGGACCUCUGAGGUGGCUGGUCACAAACCCUGGCCCCGGAUCAGGAUCAUGGAUCAGGAGCCGUCGCUCUUUCUUCCUGAGUCGGAUCCAGGACCCAACCGUGAGGGACAGAGACUCCACCACCACACAGAACACAACCAGCGGACAGGUGGACUGAACAACCUCAGACAUGGUGGUCAUCAGAGAGGCUCUAGUCUGCAGCCCAGACCCUUCUCUUCACAGUCUCAGUGCAGGGAUGGAGCAGGGCCUGGGGCUGAUAGAGAUAGACCCUCCUGUUCCUAUGAUACAAACACCACAGUAUCCAUGAUGAAAAGAGCAAGACACCCUGGGCUUCAGCCUUCCGAGAGAGUGGAGGGAGACUCCCCUGAUGGGAAUCUAACAGGAAGUUUGUCUUCUCUUUCAGGGUCUCGUCUAAUGCCUAGUGACUGGGUUCAUAAAAGGCCUGGGCCUGGGUCUAGCCUUCCUCAGCUACUUCAUGGUUACCCUACCAACACAGCACACAAUCCCAACAACACCCAAACAAUGACUAGAGGAGGGAGCUCAAAGACUAACCACCUGAGUGUGGUGGGUCCUGCUUCUACCUCGCCUGGUGUCAUUGGGUCACAGCGUGGGAGGCAGAGCAUUAGGGGGGAUGCCGACAAGCCAUACGCCUGCCCCACAUGUGGGAAGCGCUUCGCUCAGUCAAAUUAUGUGAAGAUGCAUCAGACCGUUCACACCAAGGAGAAGCCCUUCAAGUGCAAACUAUGUUACAAGAGCUUCUCCUUCCUGACUAACCUUACCAGACAUAAGAGUGUCCACAAUGGGGAGAAAUUGUAGCACUGUGGCUUGAGUUUUAUAUAGGGGAUAUCUGGGAACCAUUCUUUAGCUGACAUUAUAUUUAUCAUGUGAAGUGUCUUGGGGUACGAUAUAUAUAUAUUUUUAAGUACUCUAAGUCCCUCAGUUGAGCAUCUGGGUACACUCACAUUCUCAAAUAUACAGACUUGUUGUUUUGGGUGCUGGCAUAGCCAAAACACUGUCAUGUUAUUGAAGAGCAACAUUAUAUUUCCCCUCUCAAUUUGGUUUUGCCUAUAUUCUAUUCAUAACAAAUAUAAUGUCCCUCGCAACAUUAUUUAGCAUAAUCAGGUGGUACCUGUUCCUUUAUGUACUAUAAUUAAGUGAUCAAAUCUGUUAAUAAAUUAGAAUAAAUCUU